AAUGGCCUUAAAUGACCGACGCAAAUGGACCUUUUUCCACUAGUGCAUGGCCGGCGAUGAAGUGCCGCCCUCUCCUCCAUCAAAAAUCGAACCAAAUUCACCUUUUUUUUCUUGGCUCGCAAGACAGACCAGGAGACUUCAUAACACCUACAAGACUUAACCUUCACAACUAUGAUGAUUGGACAUGGACGUCCAAAUAGCACUUGAAGCAAGACGAAAGUUCAAAUUUCUGAAUGGCACCAUCACCGAACCUUCACCUCGAUGCACUGCCUCAUAUUGGACAGCCAUAAACGCUAUGCUUGUUUUGUGGAUUACAAACACCAUUGAACCUGAGGUAAAGUCUAAUAUCUCAAAGUUUAGGGAGGCGAAACGGUUGUGGGAUCACCUAAAACAGAGAUUUGCAACCACAAACGGUCCUAGGAUACAACAAUUAAAGUCAUCUAUUGCUAAGUGUGAGCAAACUAAAACAUGUGGUAUUCAUGAAGUUCGUCCUGUACAAUCUAAAUUACACGAGUUUUUAAUGGGCGUGUAUUCUGAUUAUUAUGCUACUUUGCGCACUAACAUCCUGUCCCAAGCAGCAAAGGGAAAUAGGUACUCCGGGGCUGGUCAUGGUCGUGGGAAUGCUCGCGCUAAUGCAGCUGCGGCUGGCAGUAGUGUCAUGGGUAGCAGCAACUCGAAUGAUGGUUGUGGCUCCACAUUAUUUUCCAGCGAGCAAUGGAAGGUGCUUGCAGGCUUAUUCGGUAAUGCAAAGGUUAUGGAUGGCCGCUUAAACGGUAAGUUUGAUGAUGAUUUAUGGAUAAUCGAUACUGGGGAAUCCAAUCAUGUUACUGGGAAAAGGGAGUGGUUGUUUGAUACUCAUGAUUUUGAAUGUCCAGUUCGCUUACCUAACGGCGAGAUUUCAGUUGCAACGUUGCAAGGAAGUGUGCGGUUGUCGGACAAAAUCACACUAACUCAUGUUCUUUAUGUCCCUCAAUUUAGUUGCAAUUUACCUUCUGUCUCGCAAUUUAAUGAUUUUACAAUGUAUUGUCCAAUUUGAUUCUUAUAUGUGUGCUAUACAGGACCGAACGAAGGAGGUGAUUAGAACGAGAGUUAGGAGAGACAGACUUUAUUACUUUGGCAAAACUGAGUCUGUGCAACAUGUGUCUGUGGCUGAAUCGGAUUUAGAGUUGUGGCACAAACGGAUGGGGCAUCCUUCAGAGAAAGUGGUGAAGUUACUUCAUCAUCUUCGUAGCAUUCAGGGUAGUUUAAACAAAGCAUGAGAGGUCUGCUUUCGUGCAAAACACCCUAGGGACCAAUUUAAUUUAAGUGAGAAUAAGGCGACUCGAAUUUUUGAGAAAAUACAUUGUGAUUUAUGGGGUUCUUACAUACAUGUUUCUUCUUGUGGGGCUCGUUAUUUUUUGACAAUUGUGGAUGAUUAUUCUCGUGCUGUGUGGAUUUAUUUAUUGAUUGAUAAAACAGAAG